AGGGGCUGGCAGUCCGUCAGAGCGCCCUGCCACAGGCCCUGCUGCUCCUCCACCACCGGGAAGCACUUCUUCAGGGCCUCCUGCACCGCAAGCAAAGGCCGGUCCUGAGUCAUCUUCUGGUGGCGGGGAGGGAGAGAGAAACAGAAAGAAGAUAAACAAACAGCAUUCGCGUCCUAAGUCGGUAGGGAAGUACCGGGUCGAGGGUGGGAGUUAUUUCCGUUCUCAGAUGAGUUUCAGCUAAACGAGGGUUUGCAAGGUAGGGCUGUCUAGCCCCUCCCAUAGGAGCGCCCGGCUCGAGGCGCUGUCUUACCUUUAUAAGAGAUCUCGGAAGUCCGAGCUCGCGUCUCGCACCUCGGGAAGGGUUUCCCGACUAUCCCCAGGGGGAGGCCCUUGUGGGCCUCGGGCAGUCUCCUGCUGCAAACUGCGGAUUCCUGGGUUCAAGCCCAGUCUCCCCCGCGCCAAACCUACGUUUCAGGAGCCGGAAUCUUGUGUUCCUCUCCUUGAGACUGCCGGCCGCAUCCCUUAAACCAGCGGGAAAACCUAAGGCUUAAGGCCAUCCAAGAUCGAGAAGCCGCCAGAGCCGCCAGCCUGCGCCCGUAUCCGUGUAAGCCUGGCCCCCCACGCAGUUAAGUCGCGAAAAUGUGUCGUAGCCGCAAUGCUUUCUGGGUACUGUAGUCCGACGUGUGAGCUGGAGGCCUGACGCGGAGCUUCCUUGUGAUUGGAUACUGUGAACCCUCCUUGUAAGAUGGCGACUUCUCAUUCGUCAGCCUGUGGCAGUUUGAAUUUUGUGCGAGCGGCAGCGCGUCCUGUUAGCCGCUGAGCCGCUUUCUCCCGGCUAGAGCGGCGAGGUUUUUUUCAGCCUUUGCUUUGGGACCCGCAGCCUCCACCGAAGCGCCAUGGCUCCGGCUAGGAAGGGCAGCAGUGGGGUGACCAAGGCCAAUUCGUUACGGAGCCGGAAGCUCGCCUCCUUUCUUAAGGACUUCGAUCGCGAAGUGCAAAUACGAUCCAAGCAAAUUCAGUCGGACAAGCUGAACCUCAUUAAGGAGCUAGACAACAUGUACAACAUUGAGAUCCUGCGGCUCCCCAAGGCGCUGCGCGAGAUGAACUGGCUCGACUACUUCGCCCUUGGAGGAAGCAAGCAGGCCCUGGAAGAGGCAGCAACGGCUGACCUGGACAUCAGAGAAAUAAACAAACUAACAACAGAAGCUAUUCAGACACCCCUGAAAUCUGCCAGAACACGAAAGGCGAUGCAAGUGGAUGAAAUGAUAGAGGAAGAAGAAGAGGAAGAGAAAAAAAAUAAGAAACUUCAAACUGCCAAAGUCAAAAGGUGUCCUCCAUCCAGGAAGAGAACCCAGUCCAUACAAGGGAAAGGCAAAAGCAAAAGGUCAAGCAGUUGUAACACUGUCACCCCGGCUGUGGGCCGGAUGGAGCUGUCUCUGGUGAAACCCACUCCGGGCCUGACGCCCAGAUUUGACUCACGCGUCUUCAAGACCCCGGGCCUGCGCACUCCGGCAGCCAGAGAGCGGAUUUACAAUGUCUCGGUGAACGGCAGCCCUCUAGCCGACAGCAAAGAGGUUUUCCUCACUGUGCCAGUGGGAGGCGGAGAGAGCAUGCGACUGCUGGCCAGUGACUUGAAGAGGGUCGAUAUCGCACAGCUGGACCCAGAGGCCCUGGGCAACAUAAAGCAGCUGUCCAGCCGUCUCGCCCAGAUCUGCAGCAGCAUACAGACUCGCAAAUGAGGUUGCUGUUCCAAGAAGCCAACUCGACAGGAUGGAUUUUCAGUGGGCACUUCUGGGAGCUUCUCCCCUUCAAGCUUAUGGUCUCUCUGAGUGUGAGGUUCAGAGCAGGAGUGGUGCUCCUCUUAGAGAACUCAGGACAUGGGGAGGCACUGUUCCCCCAUCUGUUCCGCUAUUUGCACCUCCCAACCCAGGUGAUGGACACUGCCUGCUGCGUGUAUGCAGUCUCGCUGCCGAACGGUCCUUCUGGCUCUCAGAGCCGCUCCCUCCCUCCUCCUGCAACUGCGCCUCCUCCGCCCUGCCCUGACUACAGUGCAGACAGCGUGGAGAGCCUCGUGUUCUCGGAAAGACUGACUACUUGCCCUGUCGGAGAACCCUCUGUGUCUGGCGUUCCCGCUCUCUGUGUGCUUGGGGUGGGAGGUUUGGGCCCAGAGAACUGAGCAUUCGGGGCUGUGAGGGGUCAGUUCCAGAAAGCAGGGAGGAACCGGGCAGAUGGGGUCAGGACCGCGUGUCAGGGCCUGUCACCGCAGUGACCACAGUGGAACACACCUCCCCCCACUCCCAACCCCUCCUCCUGCGGAGUCUCACACGUGCUGUGCCCUGUCGUCCUGUUCAGGCUGCUGUGGGGGACAGUGUGCUGUGUCUGUCUGUUUACCGAAGACCAAAAAUGGGUGUGGAGGCAGUUUCCGUGGCUCGCUCCUCUACCUCUCUAGUUAGCGGGAAUCUGGAUAAGGGGCUUGCAGGGCUUAGAUUAGUCUGGGAUUUUGUGUGACUGGCUCUCCAUGGCCCGGUGGCCCCCGCCAGGCCUGGAGACCUUGCAGCGUGCGCUUCUCUCCGACGGGCUUCACUGAGGGAGCGGGUGUGACUGGUCUGCGGCCUCGGUCCACGCGUGUGGCCCGCGCCCUGCGCACGCACUAGUUCCUUGGAGUCAGCACUGAGAUCCCUGCGUGCCAGCCGGCGCCUCCGCUCCAAAGAAUCAUGGGACGUGGUCCAAGAACACGGGAACUGAGUGUUCCCGCCCCAGGCUUGAGGGCCCACAGCUUCUCCUGUGUGGCUCUUUGCUGUACUCUAUCAUUUUGCUUCGUGACCACUCUAGUAAUCCAGUCCUGUUUAAGUUGUAUUCUUUUCAGGUUGUUUUAGCGUCCCUGUCCUGAGACUUUUUGUACAUAUUGUUUUCCUGAGUAAUCUAAUGGUAUCUCUAAUCUGGUUUUUCUAAUCAGAGCUAUUGAAAGGUACCUGUUUUCAAUAAAUUGUGAGUUUGUUCA